GCGGCGGGCGGCGGCGAGGCGCCCGGCCCGCUGAAGAGGAAGCAGCGGCGGUACCGCACCACGUUCAGCACCUUCCAGCUGGAGGAGCUGGAGCGCGCCUUCCGCAAGUCCCACUACCCCGACGUGUUCACCAGGGAGGAGCUCGCCCUGCGCCUGGACCUCACGGAAGCCCGCGUGCAGGUCUGGUUCCAAAACAGAAGGGCAAAGUGGAGGAAGCGUGAAAAAACUGAAAUUCUGGGGACUGUUCCAGGACUCUCCUUAACACACCCACUUGGUCUAUUUUUGGAUGUUCCAUUGAGUCAUUCUCCCCUCCUAGAUCACACAUGGAGGUCAAUGCCUCUUUCAACACUGGCUGUGCCAUCCAUGUCUCCAGCCUUCAGUACUUCAACCCUGGGGACUUUUGGCCUCAGCAGUCUUACCUGGACUUCUCUCUUCAGAAAUCCAAUUUUAAGUCCACAUUUUGGAAGGUUUCUGAAUGCUUUAAAUCCUCUCAUGACAACAGCUUCAGUACUAAUGAAAGCUCCUGGACCCCUCUCAGACCCUGCUCUCACUGCCUUCACUGAUCCAGCAGCAGUUGAAAGGAAAACGUCGAGCAUUGCAGCACUAAGACUCAAAGCGAAAGAACAUUCAGCACAAAUCCCUCAAUUAAACCUCAUCUCUGGCCUUACAAACACUAACAAAGAACUUUGUUAGGCGCUCUCCCACAGACUACGGCCACAGAGGGGAAAGUGAGUGCUUUCUUCAAACAAUAACUCCUGUUAGAGAUAGGUAUCUUAAAGUUGUAGUUCCUCUGUUUUCAGAAAUGGACUGAAAGAAUCUUACUAAAAUAGGUUUCCUUCAUUAUAAUGUGAAAUCCUGUAGCCAUAUAGCAAAUUGACUUGUCAUCAUUUCUAUAGGCAGUGAAUUUCUGACAUCACCGAAGUAUAAACUGGAACUGUCUCAUCUUCAUAUAUCAGGCUAAUGGGAAACUGAGGCUUUGAAAUCCCCACAGUCAGUGGAUGCUAGUUCAAGGAUUCAAAAUUCUUUGUAGGAAUAACUUCAGUUUUAUAAGCAAUCCUUAACUCAUUUUUCAGGAGGAACUCUUAGAUGCAGUACUUUAGACAUGAAAAUUGGUAUACAGUAUGUUUCAAACUUGGAGGUCAUGCUUCAUGUUGAAGUAAAAAUGCUAGUGAAAUCUUGCAUUUUAGACAAACUUAGAAAGAAUGAGAUGUAGACUAUUUUCAGUAUAGAUUUUUGAUUCAUAAUGAGGUUUGUAUGAAGUAUCUUGUUUCAAACUAAAAAAUAAACAAAUGUUUGCUUUGUGUCCAGGGUGGCAAUGUUUUAAUAAUUAAAAAUAGUUCAACCUUUGUAUAUGAAAAUUGUAUCCUGUGAAAAUAGGUUAGUGUGCAGUAAAUUGUGUAUAGUCCUCUAUAUGUAUAUAUAUUUAUCAGUAAAUAGCUAAGACCUGGAAAUAGAAGUUGCUGAAUCCUUUUAGCAUGAUUAGUGGCACAUAAUACUAGACCAGUAAGUUAACUGAUCAUUUGUACAUUUCCAGAUAAUUCCUGCCUUGAGUAGAUUCAGAAUUUAAGUGAAACUAAAUGUAAGGUGUUACAUUCUUCUUUGGACUGCUGUUGGAAAGAGUGAAAACUGAGGCCCUAGUGAGCAGAAUUCAUAAAAACUUUGAACUCCCUUUCUGGCCUCAGACAAGUCAUUUUAAAGUUCUUGCUCUACUUCCCCAUCUGUGGAAUGGUAAUGAGAAGAACUGGCCUGCCUAUGUGUCUGAUCUUAAGUGAGGGUAAGUAUCACUAUCCUCAUUUUACAGCUC